AUGUCAAACCCGGCAAAAGAAAAUGAUGCUCAGAUUCUGGAUGGCGGACCACGAAUGAACAUCAUGUUCUCAGCCCCGGAUUUCACCGUUCCCAGCCCAGACAGUGUCAAUGAAAUGGUCACAAACGACAACACUAUCUUUCACUGGGGCGGCGUGAGGAUAGCAAGAAUAUCGCCUGAAAUGGUGGUCAAGUUUGGAUCCCACGUCACAUUGGCCGAGGCCAAAAACAUGAUGUUUGUGAAGCAAAACACAGAAACCCUCCCGGUGCCAAAUGUCUUUGCUUAUUAUACGUACGGCCCGAUCGACCGAGAUGUUCUAGACUAUGGUAGCCUCUUUGAUACUUACAUGUUCAUGAGCUAUGUGGAGGGUCAGAGUCUCGAUAAGGCAUGGGAGACCUAUGAUGAGGAGACCAAAUUUCACGUCACCAACCAGCUCAAGGGAUAUAUUCGGGAACUUCGCAGUAUCCCCAGUGGUAACUACAUAGGCUCGGCUGAUUCCGGCCCUGUUACUGAUCCGAUCUUGGAGGCUUAUCACAACAAAGGACCGUUUGACUCCGAAGAAGCCGUCAAUAACACACUCAUCGCGGCCUAUCAAUCAAAGGUACCGAGAAGUCACGUCAAGACUUUCUUGUCUGGGAUGCUGUCCCAAAACACCCACCAGAUCGUGUUCACCCACGGAGAUCUCCACCACCCCAAUACCAUGGUCAAGGAUGGAGUUGUCAGCGGGAUUGUGGACUGGGAGUUUAGUGGCUGGUAUCCGGAAUACUGGGAAUUCAUAAAAGCGCUCUAUAUUUGGCAGUGGCAAAAUGAUUGGUUUGACUACCUUGUGCAGAUCCUUCGACCGUAUUAUGCUGAAUAUGGGGCUCAUUCGUUCUUAGCUGGUAUACUUUGGUGA